AAGUGACAUCUUGCUUACUACUCUGCAUGUGUUCACUGAUUGGCCAAUCAGCGAUUACAUGACAAUUGUAAACAAUAAAUGGCUUCAAUGCCAUUCAUUGUGUAAAAUUAUGUUGCUAGCUGUAAUUGGUCAGAGUGAUCACAUGGUACAGACAGGGCCAACCACAGCCCAUCUGUACCAUGUGAUUAGCUGAGGCCAAUCACAGCUAAUCACAAUACACACUGAAUGAAUCAAUUUCAUUUAUUAAAACUGGUUGC